AUGCCUGAACCUCAUCCAAUUGUUGUGCUUGUAAUACAAGAAGCAGAGUUUGGCGGUGUUGCUAAAUUGCGACAUCUAAAGGUUGACCAUGGUUUAGUCACUGCCUUGGUUGAAAGAUGGAGGCCUGAAACACACACAUUUCAUUUUCCAACUGGAGAAUGCACCAUAACCUUGAAAAAUGUGUCACUUCAAUUGGGUCUUUGUGUUGACGGACCCCCUAUCAUUGGUCCAACUAUGUUGGAUUGGGACGAGAUGUGUGAUACCUUAUUAGGUUUAACACCAGUAAAGGGGGAAUCCAUUGUCGGUUCUAUGAUUAAACUGAAAUGGUUAAGGGAUAAUUUGUUGCCUAUAGAUGAAAAUUCUAGUAUUGAGGUCAUUCAUGCACAUGCUAGGGCCUAUAUAUUAGGAAUGAAAGGUGUUGUUUUAAUGCCCGAUAAAAAUGGGAAUAGGGAGAUGUGCAGAGCAACCAAUGCACGUGCAAGGACUAUGGGUGGAUGUGCUUCGUUGUUACAAUCAUGGGCAUGGUUUGGCAUGCCUUUCCUUGCACCCAUUUCAAGAGUUCCACCAACUUUCCUGCUAGUUUACCAAUGGAGUGACGGUCGAAUACUGAAUUACAGAAAUGUCCCCCACAAUGAUUUAGUCGGAUACCGAGCAAGGAUAAAUCACAUGCAAUAA